CGAUCCGACGAUAAUUCCCAUUAUGGAUUCCACGGAUGAACCCGCCGAAAAGCGACCAAAACCGGCUGCUGCCGCAACAGAGGUCUCCGAUGUGGUAUGCGUAGAAAACGAUGUGCGAUGUCGGUACUUUGUCCAACGGAAGAAGCGCUACUGUAAGAUGACGGUCGGCAAAGGUAAGCUGUACUGUGGUGAACACGAGGUACAUGCCGACAGUGGAACUCAACAGCAAGAUGUGCCAGGUAGCGGUCGAAUCCCAUGCCCGUUGGAUCCGAAGCAUUCCAUAUCGGCAGCAAAGCUGGACAAGCACCUGAAGAUUUGCAAUGCCAAGCCGAAGGAACUGCCGGAAUACAUCGAACCGGGGAUCAAUGCCGAGUCUGACGGGGAAGGUUGCGAUCUGGUGAACGAAGAGAAAGAUUUGAAAUUGUCGGAUGUUCCGCUGGAGGAGUUGGAAUCGUUGGUGAAGAAGAUAGAGGACAUUUUUGAGGUGACGCAGAUUGGGGUGAUUGAGGAAAUGAUGCUGGAACAUGAGGCAUGCAAAGAGGAGCUGUCGAACGAGACUUACGGUCCACAGACGUUGAAGCAUCUGGUGCAGUCGGCUUCACUGUUGGCAAUUUUGGAGCGAGAGAAGUUCUUCCGGCAAGAUACGGCUUUUGUGGAGUUUGGAGCAGGUAAGGGUCAAGUCGCGUUCUGGCUAGCUACGAUCCUGCAGAAGUCGGGUUUGAGUAACGUGAAGGUGUUCCUGGUGGAUAAAGCGUCUCAUCGGCAUAAAAAGGACAACAAGAUCGAGGAUCGGGAGAUUAUCCAGAGGAUUCGGGCGGACAUCGGUGAUCUCGUGCUGCGGAAGCUGGAUGUGCUGAAAGGCAGCAGGAAUGUGGUAGGAGUAGGGAAACAUCUUUGCGGAGGAGCCACGGAUUUAGCGUUGCGUUGUCUGAUUCGGGCAAAUAAGGACAAAACAGGAGACGAUCAACUGCAGUCGGAAGGAUUCCUUUUUGCCCUAUGCUGCCAUCAUCGAUGCGACUGGAAGACGUAUGCCGGGAAGAAGUUCCUUCUGGAGAAGGGGAUCGGAAGAAAGGAGUUUAAUUUGAUCGUUAAAAUGGUCAGUUGGGCGGUAUGCGGUUCCGGAACUAGUCGAGAGAGGCGGAAGAACGAGACGACCGAUGACGGAGAUGGGAUUAAGUAUGGAUUGACGAGAACCCGACGGGAGGAGAUUGGAAGGAGGUGCAAACGAGUGCUGGACUGGGGACGGAUUCAACAUUUGAACCAGAAUGGGUUUGCGGCAGGACUCAAAUUCUACGCUAAAAGUGAAAUAACUCUGGAAAAUGUAUGCCUAGUUGGACACGUGAAAUAAAGGCUUUCUUUCGGAAA